GUGCGGCGCCCGCUCUACUACUGCUGCUGCUGCUUCUGCUGCUGCUGCUUCUGCUUCUGCUGUUGCUGCUGUUGGUGGUGCUCCUCGUUGGGCCCACGGUGCGUCGUCUACGUCAGGCAUGGAGCGCCGGACUCAGUGCGCCCGUUUCAAAUCGUUACGAGCCGUUACCGCAGACUCCAAGUCGAAGUAAGGAGAGAGAGAGAGAAAGAGAGAAAGAGACAGAUAGAUAUAGAGAGAAAAAGAGAAAGAGAAAGAGAGAGAGAGAGAAAGAGAAGAUAAAUCGUAAGAUUGUAACGUGGGAAGAAUGCCUAUGAGAAACUACGACGAUGAUCGGUGAAAGAACGCACGUGGCGUUCAUGGAAAAUCAUCAAUUUCGUUGUCGUCGUCGUCGUCGUCGCGAUAUUUUUCGUAUCGACGUGUUCUUUUGAUAAAAAAUUAAAUAUAUACAGAAAGAUAGAAAGAGAAAGAGUGAAAAAUAAAAAGUAAAAGAGAGAAAAAGAAAAAAGAAGAUGGACGAGAUACGAGGUUCACCAGCACGUCGUCUUUCACAAAUUCUCGAUCCGAUCGCACGUUUAGCGACGGAUUUUGGUUCGAGUUCUUCGGCACCUUGCAGUCCAAGACUCGGUGCAAGAACACAUGAGUCAACGACAGGUUCUGUAUCGCAUCAUCAUCAUCAUCACCAUCAUCACCUUCAGCAGCAGCAGCAACAACAACAACAGCCAAGUACACCUGAGGGUAUCCGAAGGCAACAGCAACAACAACAACAGUCCUCGUCAGGUGGUGUUUCCGAAUCGAGUCGAGUUUUGUCGAGCGGUCCGGACAGUCCUAGAUUAUGGCCUCGUCAUUUUCGUCAAACACCAACUCCACCACCUAGACCACGUCAUCAAAGCACCUCGCCUUUAAACAACAAUAACAAUAAUAACAAUAAUGGUGGUACUACUGCUGCUGGUGGUAGUGCUAGUGUUGCUGUUGGUCUUGGUGCUGUUACUGCUGUUGGGGGAAGUACUGUUGGUUCGAUAGUUCAUUCGAGAGAUUCGCCCUACGUCAACGUACCCAAUUUACUUUUUCAAAAGGAUAAAACUUACAAGGAUGCUGCUAGGAGCGCCGGUUACGUUGAAUUACGCGAUCCUAAGAGCAAGUGUAGCCCAUACGAUUUUACAUCGGAAUCAAGCGGUCACGUUGAAUAUACCGACAAGAGAACGUUCGCCGGGCAAACGGAUUUCUCAUCUCAAAGUACAACUACCACCACAACUACCAACACCUCUUACGAACCCAAGGAUUUGUCGAGCCUUGCCCGAGGUAGACCAACGUUUGAUCCUGGAUCCUCUACUAGGGCUCACUUCGAUAGAGCUUUUUCAUUCUCUGGUAGACAACCGGUUGAUCAUCAUCAACAACAACAACAACAACAGCAAUCUACGGGUAGAACUUAUGCCGAGAACAGAUUGUUUCUCGAUCAGAGGACCCAGGCAGAUUCGAAGAAAGAAAAACUUGAAACCAGACCUGCUUAUGGAUCAUCCAAAAGUUUCGAUGGUUAUUCCAGCGCUGUUGAAGAACUCAAUUGGCAAGAGAGAUGUCUCGAAUUGCAACUGGAAUUACAUCGUAGCAGAAAUCAAACGAUCAAAGUACGAGAUAUGCUUCGAGAAAAGCUCUCAGAGCUCGAGCAGCGUGUCUUGGAGGCCGAGGGCAGAGCCGAUGAAGCGGAAGAUAAGGUACGGAUGAUGGAGGAGCGGCUGGUGAAGGGUGAAUAUUGCCUAAGCACAUCCGGCGUUGGUUCUCCGCCUCAUUCGUUGCCGUCAACUUCCGGCACACAGAAUGAAAAGCUCGAGGACGUCCGUUGUGCUUGCAUCUCGAAAUUAGAAACCCAAGUCGAAGAACAGAGACAAUUAAGACUGCAAGAUGCGAGACAAGUCGAGGCGAAAGCCGCAAGAAUAAAGGAAUGGGUUACAAAUAAGCUACGUGAACUCGAACAACAGAAUCAACAUUUGAGGGAACAGAAUAAUAAGUGCAAUCAACAACUGGAAUUAUUACGUAAUCAUAUAACAAAUAUCGGUUUGAAACCACCUGCACCAACGAGAGCAUCCCUUUCUUUGGAAGUAGAUCCAACGUUGCGUAGACGAUCGGAAAGUUUAGAAGGAACACCUCAAACCGUACCGGAAAACGUUCAAAGUUCCGUAGCCGAGCCACAGACCGGUAGCAAGCACAGAAGACAUCUUUCCGCGUGUGGAACCAUUCAACGUGGAAUACCAACCACCAAUAUGGAUUCGAGCUUACUCUCCGAGGAACUGGCGGCAGCCGUGGAAAAUUUGGUGAUGCUGCCCAAUAUACCAGGUGUUUCCGAGACCAGUCGAGACAGUGGUAGCUCUGAGGCUGUGCACGAUUACGCGGAGAUUUAUACGCCAAGUAGAGAAGGAAUGAAUUGGGGACAGAACAGUGGACAAGGUCCCAGACCACCUACACCGCCUCUUCAUAGAUUUCCCAGUUGGGAAGCAAAGAUAUAUCAGGUGGCAGACGGUGGCCUUGGCAUCGGUCCACCAACGAACGAAGAAUCGGCACCAUCUUCGAUGACUAACACAACCAGUUCAUCAAAACAUUCUCAAGCAACUGGACAUAAUUUAACGGCACAUAAUUCUCAAGGUUAUUGCGAUAUAUCGGUUCCGGUAUAUGCUACUGUUAAAGGACGUGCUAGCCAAAUCAGAUCAAUGCCGUUUGGUGACAGUUCCGAUGACAGUUCGGACGGUGAAGAACAUCCAAAUCAAACAGAAACCAAUACUAGAAUUACCAAUAGUUCUUCAGAUAAUACAGAUUCUUCUCUCGGUAGUGGUAGUAGUCCUUCGAAGAGCGUGAAAACUACUAGCAGUUUAAGUCCAGCAAAAAGAAGCUCCAGUGGUUCUCCCAGCAAAAGCGUAAAACGUGAUACCUCACUUGAAUCUGGCUUGUCAGAAGAUUAUGCCAUACCACCUGACGCAUUGAGCUCGACGUCUCUCGAGUCAAGCAUGCCCAGUCUUUUGAUGCGAGUUUCCGGUGAAAGUCCUAAGAAACAGGAAUCUUUAGAAAAGACUGGACACUUGGCGAAACUUGGUGGAAAGUUGAAAACUUGGCGUAAGAGAUGGUUCGUUUUAAAGAACGGAGUGCUAACUUAUUGGAAAAGUCAAAACGACGUCAAUAGAAAACCUCAGGGUCAAAUUGUUUUGGACGAAGUUUGCAGGAUAAAUAGGGCGGAAGGUGCUGCUACGUUUGAAAUUUCUACCGGCAAGAAGACCUACUAUCUAACUGCGGAUUGCAUUGCAACGAUGGAAGAUUGGAUUAGAGUUCUACAGAAUGUACAAAGGCGGAAUGCAACUAAAUUACUUCUCAGUAAGGAAGACAACAAACCUACGAUACAGGGCUGGUUGACUAAAGUCAAAAAUGGCCACGCCAAGAAGUGUUGGUGCGUUCUUAUUGGAAAAAUGUUCCUGUAUUUUAAGUGCCCAAAUGAUACGAAUCCUAUCGGUCAGAUAAAUAUGAGAGACGCCAGAGUGGAGGAAGUGGAACACGUGUCAGACAGCGAUAGUGAGGAAAGAGACGCUGAGUGUCCUCAUGAAAGAACAAUUGGAAUCUUUCCAACGCAUCAAGGUCCUACGUAUCUGUUAAUGCCUCACAAACAGGAUAAAGACAAUUGGUUAUACCAUUUGACGGUUGUCUCGGGUGGUGGACCAAGCGCGGGAACUCAAUACGAACAGUUGGUGCAAAGGUUAAUGGAAACUGAUGGUGAUCCUAGCUGUGUACUCUGGAGACAUCCUCUUUUACUACAUACGAAGGAAAAUAUUACCAGUCCGUUAACUAGUUUAACAUCUGAAGCCUUGCAAACAGAAGCUAUUAAACUUUUUAAGGCUUGUCAGCUGUUUAUGUCGGUUGCGGUAGAACAAGCAGGCAUUGAUUACCACGUGGUCCUGGCACAAAAUGCGUUACAGCAAUGCCUAGAUCAGCCUGAACUUCAAUCGGAAUUUAUAUGCGCAUUGGUAAAGCAGACAAGUCGUCACACACAACACCGUUUGGGCGUACAGGUAAAAAAGGCCGCCAGACUUGUGUCGCUGGGUACUGCGCGCGUUCAGCUCCUCCUCUGCGCCACGCAAUCGCUCUUCACCUGCGAUACGCAAAGUCCCGCGGCAAAUGGCAGCGGUGAAAAUGCGGACGCACAAUCGACGGCCUCGUCUUCUCACAGUCCUCCGCUCACGCAGGGCCAUUCGACAUCGACUAUCUUGGAUUGCAAAACUAAUCCUGCCCAGUACGUUCUUAUCCAAGGAUGGCAACUUCUUUCAAUGGCAGUUUCCCUAUUUCUACCAAGGAACAAUCGGCUAUUGUGGUAUUUGAAGUUACACUUGCAAAGGAAUGCUGACAGCAAAACGGAAUGUGGUAAAUACGCAGCCUAUUGUGAGAGAGCUUUAGAAAGGACACUGCAAAACGGUGGAAGGGAAGUUAAACCAUCACGUAUGGAAGUACUUUCUAUAUUCAUGAAAAAUCCAUUCCAUCAUUCUUUGCCACAUUCUAUACCUGUACACUUUUUAAAUGGCACUUAUCAAGUAGUCGGUUUUGAUGGUAGUACUACGAUAGAGGAAUUUAUAAAUACGUUAAAUCAAGAGAUUGGUUGUCGGGACGUACAUCAAUCGGGUUUUACAUUAUUCAGUGAUGAUCCUAUUGAAAAAGAUCUCGAACAUUUUAUCGAUCUUCAAGCGAAGCUUUGUGAUAUUAUUUCGAAAUGGGAGACAGCUUUGCGGGAAAAAAGAUCGGGCAAAUUUGAAAAUACUAGAGUUAUACAAUUGACGUACAAAUCGCGAUGUUAUUGGAGACAAGCAGCUAAAAUGGAAACCGACAGGGAAAGAUUAUUAUUGUGUUAUCAAGUAAAUCAACAAGUAGUACAAGGAAAAUUUCCUUUGAAUCGUGAUCUUGCUUUUGAGCUUGCAUCAUUGAUGGCACAGAUUGAUUUUGGGGAAUACAAUAAUGACAAAGCACGUGGAAGCGGUCCUGGAAGUAAUCCGCAUCCUCUAGUUCAUCAAGCAUUAGAUAAAUUUUUUCCAAUACGUUAUCGGAUCAACAUCACUAAUGAUCAAUUGAGAGAAUUGCAGGAGAAACUUCAAGAAAAAUGGAUAGCUUUACGUGGACGCAGUGUAUUGGAUUGUGUUCGUAUAUAUUUAACGUGUACCAGAAAGUGGCCUUUUUUCGGAGCUACACUUUAUCAAGCUAAAUUGAAACAAAAUGAUCCGGUAACAGUUUGGAUAGCAGUUAACGAAGAUAGCGUAACGUUACUCGAAUUACAAACAAUGGCAGUAAUGUGCCGUUAUAAUUACGCAAAUAUAGUCACUUUUGGAGGCUGUUUAGAUGAUUUCAUGCUGGUUGCUUGCCCAGACGAGGGUGCCGCGGAACAAAAACUUCUUUUCGCUCUUUCCAAACCGAAGAUAUUAGAGAUAACGCUAUUAAUAGCUGAUUACAUGAAUGCACUUGGACACGCUUUACCUGGCACCCCUCAAAUGAAUACUUUAACACGCAAUGGUUCACACAGAUCUAUAAAAUCGACUCUUAGACCUGCUACUGGUUCAAGUUGUCUUCCAACACAGCCGGAUAUUUUGAAAUCAACUCCAGAUCACCAAAGACCUUAAAAAGACUGGUUGGAUUAUAUUUGAGAAUGAUGUGAAAGAAUGUGUUUACUGACUUAUCAAAGUUUGACCGAUUGACCGAUUGUCAAGGCACUAACUUUAUAUACAAAGGUAUAAUCUACUGUAUUAUAAGGAUUAAAAAAAAAGAAAAGGAAAUAACAGAUAAACUAUUUGUGCAAAUGGUAUAUCGGAUAGCAUUAGAACGAGAGAAAGCGAGAGAGAAAGAGCAGUGAGUGCAGCAAUUAUUUUGGUUGUGUUUUGUGUAAAUUAGAAUGGAAGCUUGUAGAUGACUUUUAUGUAAAUAUUUAACGGCGCAUAUAGCACAGAGAGACCAUGUACCAUGUGUAUAUAUGGUGCAACAGAAUGACUGAAAAUUACUCGAAUCGAUUUGUAACACUGCCUAAUUAGUAUGUCUAAUUACAUCGAAUAAUAAUUUUCAUUUUAAAAAGCUGAGCAUCGUGCGGAAACGUUUUGCUACCGUAUUUAUAUACCAAAUACGAAUCUCUAGUAUAAAAUACUAAAUUUAUGUGAUGUAUCACGUACUAUGUACAUAUAUAUUAAUCAGAAUUACUGAAUGUGUCUAGAAAUUUAGUAUUAAAACAAAAUAAUAAUAAUUAUAAGAAGAAGAAGAAGAAAAAAAGAAAUACACAGAUUAAACAAAAAGUAAUAUGCGAUAACUAUUACUCUCUAAUACAUGAGAGAGCAUGUCGAAUAAAUAUAAAAAUUAAUAUUAAAUAAAUAACAAACAAAAAAAAGACAAGAAAAAAUGUACUUCUUGCCAAACAAAGUGCGGUAAUAAUACAACAGCUUUUGUACAACUCGUAUGUGAAAAAUCAAUUUAACAAAAACGGUGUGAAUUGAACUGAAUUCCUAUAUUGUCAGAGCGCAGAAAAUAAAUAAAAAAAUAAGAUGUUUUUAGAUGCUAUUGAUUUGGAGACAUUUUGACAAUUUUUUCUUCCGCGUAUCGUAUUAUCUGUUUAAAAAAAAAAAAAAUGAUUAUAUGAGUACCGAACACCACGACGGGGAUAAAGGAAUAUAAAAUGAAGCUAUCGUUUUUUCAAUCACUUCGAACGACGGACCUCGGAAAAGAUUUUUUCUAUAUACCGAAAGUAAUGUGACAAAACUUCUUAUAUAUUGUAUUAUUAUAUAAUUCUGAUAAAAUAGCUAGUCUCAUAUAGUUUAUAUUUAUUUAAUAUGUAAACGAAUAUCUUUUUGUUUAUAUAAAGACACGACCAAAUAGAUGUAAAGGGGAACAUAUUUUAUUUAAACAUUUUUUAGCAUCGUUCCUGCAUAGUAAAAGAAAACACACAAGCGCAAAAGAAAUACACAUUAUUCGAAUUUUAA